AAGCCCGGCUAGUAAAGUGUGGUUUCUUCCGCCCCUAGUUAAAACCCAUGGAAUAUUGCAUAACUUUACCCGCAAACAGAUUCACGUUCUCUAUUUGUCACCACAUCACACAUCUAUUAAUCAUCUUCUUCUUCCUCACUCUCCCUACAAACCACCAUUUCUGCAACAAUGGAAGCUUCCGCCCUCUUCUCCACCUCCUUCCGCCCACCCUCCCUCCACCUCCGAUCCCGCCUCCCCUCCAAAUCCCACAUUCCCAAAACCCCCAAUUUCCCACCCCUCACACUCAAACCCUACAUCUCCACCAAACCACCCUACAUCUUUACUCUCCAAUCAAAACCCCUCAAACCCAUCUCAGCUUCCUCCACAACUGCAAUAAUAACCGAACCCCAACAACCCAGCAAACCUCAGAUUCAAGGCGCCAAACUUAUACCAUUAAUCCUCUCCAUAUCCAUCGGGAUAAUUCUUCGCUUUGCGGUUCCAAAACCCAUUGAAGUAACCCCGCAAGCAUGGCAACUGUUAUCCAUUUUUGUGUCCACUAUAGCGGGUCUUGUCCUCUCGCCUUUACCCGUAGGCGCGUGGGCGCUGCUGGGGCUAACAACAACAAUUGUUACUAAGACCCUGACGUUUACGACGGCGUUUAGUGCGUUUACUAAUGAGGUUAUUUGGUUGAUUGUGAUUUCCUUCUUUUUUGCUAGGGGGUUUGUGAAGACGGGGUUAGGGGAUCGGAUUGCGACUUAUUUUGUUAAGUGGUUGGGGAAGAGUACGUUGGGGUUGAGCUAUGGGUUGACGUUGAGUGAGGCGUUGAUUGCUCCGGCUAUGCCGAGUACUACCGCCAGAGCGGGUGGGGUGUUUUUGCCGAUUAUUAAGUCGUUGGCGGUUUCGGCUGGGAGUAUGCCAAAUGAUCCGAGUGCGAAGAAGAUUGGGGCGUAUCUUGUUCAGUCUCAGUUUCAGUGUGCUGGCAAUUCUAGUGCUCUUUUCUUGACUGCUGCAGCACAAAAUCUCUUGUGUCUAAAACUCGCUGAGGAACUCGGGUUAGUAAUUGCAAGUCCAUGGGUUUCAUGGUUCAAGGCUGCUAGUUUACCGGCUUUCGUUUCCCUUCUACUGACUCCAUUCAUUUUGUACAAAAUUUACCCUCCGGAAACCAAAGACACGCCUGAUGCCCCUGCCGUUGCUGCAAAGAGGCUUCUAGACAUGGGUCCCGUUACAACUAACGAAUGGGUUAUGAUCGCCACCAUGAUUCUUGCUGUCUCUCUUUGGGUAUUUGGGGAUGCUAUUGGUAUACCGAGUGUCGUUACCGCAAUGUUGGGGUUAUCGAUACUAUUAUUGCUAGGAGUGCUAGAAUGGGAUGACUGCUUAAGCGAAAAGUCAGCAUGGGACACUUUAGCUUGGUUUGCCGUACUUGUGGGUAUGGCAGGUCAGUUAACAAAUCUUGGAAUAGUAACAUGGAUGUCUAAUUGCGUAGCCAAAUUCCUUCAAUCGUUCUCUUUGAGUUGGCCCGCUGCAUUUGGUGUCCUUCAAGGAGCUUACUUUUUGAUCCAUUACAUGUUUGCUAGUCAAACGGGCCAUGUGGGAGCUUUAUACUCUGCGUUUCUUGCUAUGCAUUUGGCUGCAGGGGUGCCAGGUGUAUUGGCGGCACUUGCUUUGGCUUACAACACAAAUUUGUUUGGUGCUCAAACUCAUUAUAGCAGUGGUCAAGCAGCUGUUUACUUUGGAGCUGGUUAUGUGGAACUACCAGAUGUAUUUAAAAUCGGGUUUAUUAUGGCUUGUAUUAACGCGGUGAUCUGGACGGUUGUUGGCGGCGCAUGGUGGAAGUUUUUGGGUUUGUAUUGACUCUCAAGUUUCAUCACGUAGAUAUGUUUCUCGUUUAUUGUAUAAUGCCCUUCGUUUCGAGUUAGGGAUUUGUGCACCAAAAAAAGCCACAUAAUUUGUUGACUUUUCGAUUUUGACCUCUUGAGAUCAGUCAUGAUCAUCUGUUUGAUUUAAUUGAGAAAUCAAUAUGGUAUGGUUAUAGUUUUACCAAAAUUAA